AUGGAACCGGAGCCAACCCUUAGCGCUCUCCUUGAGGCUAUUGCAGCCCUCACUAGCCAAGUUGGGUCCCUCCAGGACCAAGUCAAGUCCCAGGGCAAGCAGAUUAUCCAGCUUGUUGCCAUAUGCAAGGAAACCAACAACCUUGUUGGUGACAAAGACCAAGGAGGCGCUCAAGCCAAGCCUGGCCCAUCAACUGGGCCUGUCACUCCCCCCACUCAUACAGGGGGAGAAACCCACACUCCAGGAACGGUUAGGCCUGGACUCAAGGCCCCUUUCCGCCCAUCAAGGGGUAUGGGCUUUGACUCAGAAGAAGAGGAGGAACCAAGGAGAGUCCCCAAAAAGGAGCCUCAAGGAACGCCUAGGAGGCAUCUAGGGUCCCUCACCCCCUUUGACGCAGGGUCCAGCAUAAAGCAGCCCAAGAUGGACCUCCCAGAUCCUUAUAAGGGAGAAACAAGGGGGCGCAAGGCCACACAAUGGCUGGACCAAAUGCUACUCUGGGUAGCACUUCACAGGGAUCAAUUUGAUGAGGAGGAACAGAUGGUUGUAUGGAUACUGUACCAUAUGACAGACAAAGCCGCCGACUGGGCACUCCCCCUCAUUGGGGCUAUUAUCAAGGGCAAGGGAAACCCCCCAACCACCAUCACGGCCUUAUUGGCCAAAUUCAAGGAGGCAUUUGCCAAUCCCAAUGCCAAGCAGGCCGCAGCUAGGAAGAUUGCAGCACUCUCCCAAUCCACAACCACCUCCAAGUACGUCACAGAGUUCCGCAAUCUCAUGGCGGAAUUAGACUGGAAUGAGGAGGCCUACAUUGCACAGUUCACGCAGGGCCUCCACUGGAAGGUCAAGGAAUUAUUGUCAACAAAGGAUAAUAUUCCAGACAAACUUGAGGCAAUUUUUGCAGCCUCAAUCAAAAUUGACAACACUUGCCACAAAAACAAGGAGAACCAGCCAAAGAAGCAACCCGCCAAGUCCCCAGCCACCGUGGCCACCUCCACCACCACUACCAGGGUCUGUCUCUCCAAGGACCCUAAUUAUGUCACACCAGAAGAGAGGGACCAUUGCUGCGCGUCUGGCCUUUGUGUCAAGUGCGGCCAAAAAGGGCAUGGCAUCAAACAAUGCCCCAAUGGUUGGAAAGCUACAAUCAAGGAAGCAGCCAAGCCCUUGACUCCCAAAAAGGACAUUGUAGAUAGUAAUAUAGAAUUUGUAUCUGUGGGACUUGAUUCAAAUAAAAAACCCCUACUAUUUAUUGAUCUAUACGUCCAAAAUUCCUUGGCAGAACCCUUGAAAACCCUCAUAGAUUCAGGAGCCACAUUGAAUUUCAUCUCCCCUUUGAUUGUGGAAAAAUACAAAAUUCCAAAAACCCAACUCAAAAAUCCACAAGUUGUGAGAAUGUUAGAUGGUACAAUUUCCCAGACUGGUUGCAUUUGGCACCAGGUCCAACUUGCAGUUUUGGCCAACGGCCACCCACACACUGUUCCCUUCCUAGUCUGUCCCAUUGGGAACACACCCGCCAUACUUGGCAUGACAUGGCUCACUCAGGAGUCACCCCUCAUAGAUUGGAACCAAGGCACCAUCACCUUCCCAGACCAGAUCCAGAUAGCCUUGGAGGAAGAAGCCAACCCCAACCCACUGGCAGACUUACCCACAGAAUAUCACAAAUUUGCCAGGGUAUUUGGUGAAGAGGAAUUCAAGGUCCUUCCCCUGCACAGGGAAUACAAUAUUGCCAUUGACCUAGUCCCUGACGCCAAACUCUCCCCUGGACCUAUCUACAGCAUGACUGAUGCAGAAUCCAAGGCACUUAAGCAACAUAUUGAUGAGGAAUUGGCAAUGGGCAAGAUCCGCCCUAGUACUUCCUCAGCAGGUGCCCCAGUCAUGAAGCCCAACAAUGUUACCCACAAGAAUGUUUACCCACUCCCUAGACAGGACAAUCUCAUGACCAAGCUCAGGCACGCAAAACUGUUCACUAAACUAGACCUACGCUGGGGAUACAAUAACGUCAGGAUCAAGGAAGGGGACAAAUGGAAAACAGCUUUCAGAACCAAAUACGGCCUAUUUGAAUACCUAUUGAUGCCCUUUGGUCUGACAAACGCACCGGCAGCUUUCCAGCAUUUUAUGAACAAUCUGUUCCAAGACCUGAUUGAUGUCACUGUUGUUAUCUACCUGGAUGAUAUAUUGAUCUUCUCAGAGAAGCCCAAGGACCACCCAUCUCAUCUGUUCUGCAAAUUAUUGAAAUGCCAUUUCCACGUUACCACAGUAGACUACCUAGGAAUUGUCAUCUCCCCAGCUGGAUUUUCAAUGGAUCAGAAGAAGAUCAAAGCAGUUACAUCAUGGCCUACCCCCAAAAUGGUCAAACAAGUCCAAGCCUUCCUAGGCUCUGUUGCACGGCCGCUCCACAACCUGACAAGAAAGGAAACCCCUUGGUCAUGGGGCAACCUAGAAGAAGCCGCUUUCCAGGAGCUUAAAUCCUUGGUCACCAAAUCUCUGGUCUUGAUCCAUUCCAACCCCAACUUACCCUACUACCUUGAAACGGAUGCGUCAGGAGUAGCCAUGGGAGCAAUCCUUAGUCAGCAAGGGGAAGAUAACUGCCUACACCCAGUGGCAUAUAUGUCCAAAUCAUUCUCUGGCGCUGAGGCUAAUUACAAUACCCACAACAAGGAACUCCUGGCAAUAAUCAAGGCAUUGGAGGAAUGGCAGAUUUUCCUAGAAGCAAUGGAUAAACCAAUCCAGGUUUUCACAGAUCACAGAAACCUGGAGUACUGGAUGCAGGCACAAACCUUCAACCGGAGACAUGCGCAAUGGCAAAUUUUCCUGAGCAAUUUCAACUUUGAAAUUCAUUAUUGUCCAGGCAAACAAUCAGGAAAACCAGACGCCCUGUCAAGAAGGUCAGAUUAUGUAGACCUCCCCACAGAACCAGAAAUCAUGCUACCAUCAGAAGUCUUUGCAAACUCAUCAGAAGAGGAAGUUGAGAUUGUCACAGACAUUUGUUCUAAGCUCAAAGAAGACCCAUCACUUGAACCCAUCAUCAAAGUCCUGACAGAAGACGCAGACAACUCACCUCCGUCCAUUUGCAAAGCCUACUGGGAUUACAACUGGGAAGAAGACUUACUAUGGUAUUGUGGGAAAUUGGUAGUGCCCAACUUGGAGACCAUCAAAGAACAGCUAUUGAGGGAAUUUCACAACUUGCCCCUUGCAGGACACCCAGGCCAACAAAGGACUCUAGAGCUCCUCAGCCGCAGCUACUGGUGGCCAGGCAUGAAGUCAUCAGCAAAGGAAUGGGUUGAAUGUUGCCCAACCUGCCAAGCCAACCAACGUGCACAUGCCCUGGUUAUUGCCCUGAAACCCCUGGAAGUCCCGUUGUUCCCCUUUCACACUAUAUCCUAUGACUUCAUCACCGGAUUUCCCAAGUCACAGGGUAACAACGCCAUCCUAGUGGUCAUAGACUCCUUCUCCAAAUUUGGGCAUUUCAUCCCAACCACAAAGAGGGUCUCAGCAAAAGGGUUAGCGGACUUGUUCAUCUCCCACGUGUGGAAACUUCAUGGUCUACCAGUCAAGACAAUAUCAGACAGGGGAACCACUUUCACAGGAAAGUUCCUAAGGGCUCUCUACCAAUGUCUUGGGGUGAAACCAGCCUUUUCAUCAGCUUACCACCCAGAAUCCAACGGACAAACGGAAAGGGCAACCUGGCUACCAUUGGCAGAAUAUGCUUACAACAACGCCAAACACUCUGCCACAGGGAAAAUGCCCUUUGAGUUAGUCUAUGGAAGAAAUCCAGUCAUGAAUCCUUCCAAUGUCCCGGCAAAUGUCCCAGAAGCAGACCUGGUAGCCAACACUCUGGCCCAAGAAUGGCAAGAAGCAGAAUCAGCACUCAAAAUGACAAAGGAACGCAUGACAAGAGCAUCAGGAGUAGUGCCAGAAUACUUGAUAGGAGAAAAGGUUUGGCUGGACGGAAAAAAUGUGGAGCUCAGAACAAACUCCAACAAACUGGACCCAAAACGCCUAGGCCCAUUCAAAGUGACAGAAAAAAUCUCCAGUCAUGCCUAUUGGCUAAAACUCCCAGAAACCCUGAAAAUCCACAACAUAUUCUACGUGGGUUUAUUGUCCAAAAGCCAUGAAUCUCCCAGCCAACCAUUCCCAGAACAACCCCCUCCAGAGACAAUAGAAGGAGAAGAGGAAUACAAGGUGGAACAGAUCAUUGAUUCCAAACAACAAUGGGGUAAAUGGUUCUAUUUGAUCAAAUGGAAGGGAUAUGGCCCAGAAGACAAUUCCUGGGAACCAGAAGAACUGUUGGAACACAGCCAGGAAGAGAUCAAGCGCUUUAACCAAGCUAGACUCAGAGAGGCUUGUGACGCCGCCAAGAGCCUUUAG